CAGAGAGCAAGCCUUGAAGACCAUGAAUUUAUCCAACAAUGCAUCAAAAUCUGAGCAAAUAGUAAAGAUAGUGAAAACAUCCCUUUACAUGCUAGAUUUCAUCUUCAUUACCACAGUUACUUUGUUAAUAUUAAAGACGGUGCGCCACAACUCGCCAAUGAAGAAAGAAAUUCAGUACUUUUUGCUGUGCCAUCAUCUCCUAUGUUGUUCUGUAUUCUGUUGUUUUGGUGUUGUAUACAACACAAUACGAGCCUUUGAUGCGAAAAGUCCCCAACUUAUUAUGUGGAUAAUCUAUGGAGUACAAAUAGCAACUGGGGAAGGAGUACUAAUAACUUUGACUUUGAUGGCUCUUAACAGAUGUCUUGCUGUAUGUUGGCCUUUAAGAUACUUACAGUUGGUACAUUCAUGGAAACACAAAGUCAUAAUUUGUGUUUGGAUUACAACAAUGCUCAAAUCUACAUGCUUGUUAAUGAUAGAAGGCAUUGACAAGAAUCCAGAAGAUAUAUUCAAAACAGAACCUUCUUCCCUAACUGUUUUGGGUGGUGUUUUUGCAAGAUCAACUGGAAUUAUUUUGAUUUUAUUUCUCAUAAUCAUCAUUAUAAUAAGCUACUGUCUCUUAUGUACUGAAGGAAUAAAAGCUGGUCAUUUCAAUAGCUCAAAUAGCAAAGCCAGAAAAACUGUAAUUAUUCAUGGAUUGCAAAUGAGUUUGCAUCUUCUUCCACCUUUAAUAGUAAUAGCCGUUGAAAGAGGCUCUGACCCUACUAUUUUACAUUUAACAGCCUUUGUUGUUUUCUCAUUUGCACAAUGCCUGAGCCCUGUAGUUUACGGUCUACGAAACAAAGAUCUGCAAAUCAAGCUAUUCAACAGACAAAGAAACAUAGACGGACCAUAUACAGACCAUACAACAAACAGUAAUGCUAUAUAGAAGCUUCAGACAACAAAGCAGCUGGCUGAUUUAGAGAAAAAUAAUACUAGGUGGCCGCAUCAACACGAGAUGCUGACUUUGUAGUCAUUACUGUACAGUAGCACUGGUGAACGUCUUUUUUGUGGCACUAUUGUGCAGUAGCUUACCAGCCAAUCAGCAGUGUGUGGAGCUCACAGCAAAAAGACCAUGAAAAUGGGGCCAGACACUGUAAGCAGCCUGCAAUUUUUACUGUGCCUCCAUGUGCUUUAAUAGAUCCCUGACUGUCUCAAAGUAGGCAUGGAAAGACACACCCGUCCUGGCUUACAGACAGCCCCUGAAUCUCAAAUGGCAUCUCUCAAACAACUGACUAACAAACUCCCAUCCUGAGGCACCAGGCCUUGCAAUGGACCCAGUGGCUACUAUAUCCCUACAUCAAUACAGACCACAUCAU